AUGUUUUCCAAGCUAUCAUCGGAACAGAUUUCUGAUUUUCUUCCCUUCUUCAAAUCCAAACCGAAAUUUGCAUUAUUUGCCAAUGCUGCCAAAUUCCAAGUUGAGGAGAGAAUACCAAAUCAUCCAUGCGACUUCUACUAUCUAGAAACAAGCAAUUCAAAGUAUUUUUAUGUCUUCCGUCACGAUAAUAUUCCGGAUAUUUGUGGACCGAUCCUAAUGAUUGGAAGCGAUCAAAGUGUCAAUGAGAAUGAUGUCAUUCAUGGUAUGGAACAAAUUAAGUCAGUUGAACCAGAUCUAGGAAAUAUUGAUAUGCUUAUUGCUCCAACGGCUGUUUCCCUUCCUGCAAGAAAGUUCUUCGUGCAUCACUACAAUCGAGAAGACUACAACAAUCCAUGUUACAACUUCCAUAUUACAUCAACUGCUCGCCAGGAAAUUCAAGAAAAUGUGGAUAAAAUCACUCUUCCAUCUGAUUUUUCGAUCGGAUCCACUCGUCUUUCUGAUUCGGAAGUGGUCAAUUCCACCUGGAAGUUUGCUACUCCGGAAACAGUUCUACAAAUGAAAGAAAUCAUUCAACGUCUUCCAACAUCUUGUAUUCAUCAUAAGGAUAAACCAGUGGCAUUUGAAAUGAUAGGAUUGCAUGGACAGUUAAAUCAUCAGUUUACUUUCCCUGAAUAUAGAAAUCGAGGAUUUGGAGGAAUGAUUGAAAACACAAUUGUUUCGAAAUGUUUCAAAGAAGGAAUUCAAGUAGUCAAGUCAAUUGAACUAGCAAAUGCCGAAGUUCUGAAGAGAAGCCGGAGUCAUUCACUGUGGGAAAUUAUUACGGAUGACAAUGGAGAUGAACUAGUUUUUGAUUACACUCAUUAUCAUUAA